CCAUGGUCUACCCUGGGGUUUUGCUUGUACCGAUAUGAAAGCAAUUAAUGACAGUGCUGUUAGCGUUCACAUCCAAUUUUGUUCAAUAUUGGGGUUUGCUCUUCAAAGCCCAAUAUUGGUGUCUGAUGCUAUUGUGACUGCUUAGUCUGUAUUUCUUCAAUUAAAAACUAAGCUUGCAAUAAGGCACAUUUUCAAACACUCCUGUUGCAGAGAAAAUCAUCAACUUGUCAUCGUGUCAUUAGUCCUGUGUCAAUAGUUUUAGUAUUGCUGCCAGACAGAGAUAAUAUGGCAUGCUUGUGUCAUAUUUGUAAAGUAGAAAUUUUGCUGUUCCAAUAUUGGCACACUUCAGUUUGAGAUGGCAGCAAACACAUGAACGACAGGAGGAUUUUAGCAUUUUUGUUUUUAAUGUGGACAAUUGACUCUACAAAUUUGACUGAAUAUUGAGACCAGUUCAUCAGUGUUUUUCGGCUUUUUCCUCACAAAGCCAAGGAUUAGUAAAAUUGACUGUCUUCAUCGCUCAUGCAAAAGAUCCUUGCUGGAGACCGUUUUAUGUUAAUUGCAUCAACGAGGAACUUUUGGCACUGCAUAAAUUUGUCUGAUAACCUUUGCUCACCGGAAUUCCGUGCUGCACAUGAUACAAUGAAGUGCAUUAUGUGGGACAUAAGAACACAAUUGACACAAGCAUACACUGUGCAUGUGUGGGCCCAUGCCCUUUGCAGGCACAUACUCCACAGUGUGCCUUUACUUGGCUCAGCAAAUCUUGUUUAUUAGUGUUAUGCAUGUGUGCUGGACCACUUAUGAUUAACCAUUGGUUGGAGGCUGUGAUCAUGCCAUUGAAGCUGGGCCCUGAUUGGCUGGUUGGCUGUGUGACAUGCACUGGAUGCAUGCACACUGAGGUGAAUGGGACUGCUUGGCAUUGCAUUGCUAAUACACAUGAUUAGAUAGCUUUGGGAGAUUAAUCACAAUGCAUGUAUUGGAUACUCUAGAUUGAGACUGCGCACAGAUGUUUAGCUAAGUGAUGUGAUUUCCAUCAAACAUCCUUCAAACUGAACCAACAUACUGAAAUCCAUUCGCUGGUUUUUCUUGUACAUUUUUGUUUGGUCAUGGAGGCCAGGGCCGCAAAGCGCAAACCAAACUGGACGGACACUGAGCAGAUCAUCAUGCUGGAUGCCUACGCCAAGUACAAGGAAGUCCUUGCUUGCCAUGUCAUUUCUUGCCAUGAGAAGAACAAAUGCUGGUUUGAGAUUACCAAGCAGCUGAACCUGCGCAACUCAUCUGUGCAACGAUCCAUAGAGGAGGUCAAGCGCAAAUGGCACAACCUCCUAGGCCAAGGCAGACGGGACUUCUAUGACUGGAAGCAAGCCUGUCAGAACCCCAACAUGGUCCCCGGCCCCUCGCCCAUGCCGGCUAUCAGCCGCAGGGUCCUGGAGUUACACGGAGGCUUCAUAUUGGAAGAAUGGAAGGAGAGGCUGGAACCGGGAUCCGCCCAGACAGCAUCACAUCAGGAUGAAGAGGAGUUCAUCUACGUUGAGGCCAGCAGUCCCGAUAUGUCAGAGGAUCAAGGGACAUAUGAGUGCCUGGACUCACCUGACAUUGCCGAACCUGAGAUCAAAGCCCUGGCAUCAGACCCUGUGAAACGAGAGUGCCCAAGCCCCCAAGUACUUGUAAUGAGCGAUUCAAGUGAAGCAUCUGCUCACCAGACAUCAGCAGCUCUGAGUGCCACAUCCCCAAUCUCCACAGCUUUCCAUACCAGCACAACAAGCAACCUCCACAUCAGUACCCCUCCUUACCCAACCCAACCGCCUAAUCCUGCAUCUCUCACAUUCAACACAGUGCAGUCCACCCAGAUAACCGAUGCGCAGACAAACGGCAGCAGAAACCAAGCUAAUAGUGUUUCCCCUCUUCUAAAUCAAACUCCACAAAAUCCAAGCCCUCGCCACAUCACCCCUCCUACACUUGUUUCAAUGGCAACCAUCAGUAACAUCUCUUCCUCUGUCGGCCCCACCAGGCAACCGCCAUCUUUGUUUGGUCCAACAACCAAUCCUCAAUCCUCAUACCUGUCAUCUUUGUUCAGUCCAACAACCAAUCCUCAAUCCUCAUACCCGUCAUCUUUGUUCAGUCCAACAACCAAUCCUCAACCCUCAGAACCUCCGAGAAAGAAAGUACGAGUGUCUGAGUCUGGAGUGUCUGAGAGGGGGGCAGGACUUCACGUCGAGAGGGAGGCAGAGCUGCGUCUUGAUAUCCUUCAGCUGGAGAAAGACAAACUGUGGCUGGAAACGGAGAAACUGAGACUAGAAAUUGACAUUCUCCGAAAAAAGAAGCAGCAGAUGAAUAGCAAUUAUUAAACUUUACCUUUCUUUCUGUAGAUUUGGUGAAGGUCAGUUGAACAUUUGCAGAAACAUCGAUCUGGCUGACUCGUAGAAAAACAUUCAAAAGAUAACUCAUUAAAGAUUUAAUAAUAAAUUCACAACCCAAUAUGAGGAGAUCACUUUUCAUACUGUAAAGCAGUGAAGUGAGCCCUCUGUUGUCCAAACAAGAUCUGAUUUCCUGACCCUUCUUAAUAAUUAAAUGAUUUACUCAACGAAUCAUAAUCAAUACCUAGUCCUACAGCAGAAAACACGUUUUCAAAAGGUACUGGCCUUGUCAGUUUCUCAUAGUGGUUUAUCAAGUGAAUGAACAAAGAUAUCAUCAGAUUACAUUCAAUGCUCUGGGGGAAUAAAAUGUACCCUAUGUAUCCCUGGAACAAAUAAAAACCCUUGAUCUGUGGGAGGAGACAAAGAACACAACACUCGUGUAAAAAUUCAUGUGGUUGAUGUACAAUGUACAUUGUAUAUGCGUAGUUUACAAUAAUUGUGUAAGUUGUCUCUGUGUAAGCCCAAAAAAAUCUUAACCCUAUUACUGCACCUAAAGUUUUGUAGUAACCUGUAGUAUGCAUUUCUUUCCAUACAAGUGGCACAACACAUGUAGUAUUCUCUAGUGUUUGGUCCUUGACCCCCAAAGAGCCCUUAGGGUGUUAGGGUUAAUUUUUGUUUUGUAUUUUCAGUUGCAUGAAUUAUAUAUUUUCGAUAAAGUAAUUAACUGUACAUGUAUUUAACCAUCAGCUGGACCAUACAUGUGUACAGUAUUAUAUAACAUCAAUUAUUACUGAACAAUUUAACAUUUUUUAUCUUAUAUAUGACACUAUUCCAAUGCAUUGAAGUCCCAGUGGAGACUUAUGUCUGAUACAUGAAUAUUAAAACGAGGUAUUCAUUAGAAAUAUAUUGAAUGCUUGCUUUAAGUGCCACUGGCUCUUAUUAAUAGUGAUUGGAUUUGAAAAAAGAAAAACAUGCAGUACUGAUUAAUAACAGUAUCUGAUUGCCUGUAACCGGA